AUGGCGGAACCAGGUUCAAGUGGUGGCCCAAGCGGCAGCUCAAACAUCGACCUAAGUGCCCUGGCGAGGCAAAUGGAAAGCGUAGGUGCGGAACUGCAACAAAACAUUAUAUCAAACUUGGCGGUGGAAAUCCCCGCGGAUCUCCAUAUGCCUCCAGCUUUAUCGGGAAUGAGAUUCCUCACGGGCGUGUUCCCUCCACCCAGCCAUCAAGUCACAGACGCACACGUUAUCGAACACGUCAAGGGACUAUUGGCGCAAAAGGUGGUUAUAGCGGGCAAUGCGCGAGAGGACGACGUCGCCCUCCAGUCUUACAAAACGGAGUUCUUCAUCGCCAGUGCUCCCAGCGACCGCAUCAGACUGUACAAGUUCAAAGACGUGGUAAUGGGAACCGUAGUUGACAAAGCUCUCCAGCCAGGGCCACGCUCUUGGGUGCACGCCUUCCUACACUGGAAGCAGACAGCACGCGAUGCUCAGCGGACACAGGCAGUACGCGCACCGCCAGGACCCAACGUUCAACGGAUACCGGUAGGACCCAACGUUCGGCUGGCGCCGGCAGAUACCGAUGUUCGGCUGACACCGCAAGAUAUCCUGUCGAUUGCGGUCUUUAACAUGACUUCCCUGCAGUUCAUAGACUGCACCGUCACCGAAGACCCGUUCCUGGUUACGAACCUCUCGGGUGAUCAGCCGUUGGAAACGUACAUGGUCAGAACAGCUGGUCGGGAAACGGCCCCUACCAUUCAGGAUAUCAGUCUUCAGAUCAUCACGCAGCACAGAGCCAACAAUAGGCCGCAGCUCAAGCUAGCUUGCUUGAGGUGGGACGGGGAAGCAGCACUCGGCGAAGUUAGGUAUGCGGAACCAAUCAUGCUUCAUACCAGCCUCAGAGUCCUGGAACUCGUGGGGUUCUCAUGGGUGGCCAGGUAUGGUAACAGGGGCUUUUCCACAAUCGGCAGUCUGGUCUGGACGCAAGCUAAUCCCAGCAUCACGAAGCUCGUUCUCAGUGGCUGCCUCGUCAACGAUGUUGGCCUUGAGCAGGCCUUUGACUCGUUGCCAAACUUGAAGGAUCUGUCUAUUGAACUUGCGUGUCGGAACAGAAUGAGAGCGCUCAUCGAUCCUCUCACUGGCCGCUACACAGUUGCCUCAUCCAGACGCGAUCUCGGGACAGUCCUAAGGCUGAAGGGUCGGGGGUUGAGGUCGCUCGACCUAGAUGCCACCGCGUACCCAUUUCGUCACGAAGAGAAUCGAGAUGACUUCUUCGGGUUACUGAUUGGGCUCGAGAACCUUGAGCAGCUGACGAUUAGCAGGGCCGAUUUCUUCAAGGAGGACAGGGUGGAAAUUGAUCUGAUGCAAGAUUUGGCACUGACACGUAUGCGUCGUCUCAGGAGCCUGUACAUACGUCACCUGCGGUCCGAUGCCGAAGUGAACGCUCCUGCAAGCCAAGACCCAUCCCCAAUGCUUCGGCUUGAACGGGCCCAGAUCAUGAUGAACGCCUGUGUCAAUCUCCUCCCUGCAAUGCCCGGUCUUAGUGUCACCCUGGAGCUUCCGCCUGGGGUUCCGGAGCCUUCUAUCCCUGGUUACUUGACCAGAAGGAUACAAUGGCUGGAGAAAUACCGGGCCUGCCAUGGGGCUAUAGAGGGAAGCCAGUUCGCUAGCAAUCCGCUGGACCCAAGUCAGGUCAUCACAAUAUCUCGACCGCGCCAAGGCGAGUAG